AUGAAGAAGGCGGACCUUCUUAACCUUCUGGAUGAUUUAAAAGAUGAAGAUUUCAAGUAUUUCAAGUGGUCCCUAAAGUAUGAAACGGUGGACGACAUCAAACCCAUCCAAGAAUGCCACCUGGAAAAUGCAGAGAGGCGGAACGUGGUGGAUCUGAUGGUGCAGAAAUAUGAAUUUUCUGGAGCUGUGGAGGUGAUGAAGAGCGUUUUAAAGAAGAUCAACAGGAAUGAUCUGGUGAAGGAGUUGUCAGACAUCCUCUCAGGAGCAGAAGUAGAUGGUGAUCUGCAGGAGGGUUUAGAUGUAUGUAAGAUCAAUCUGACAAGGAGAAGUCAAAAUGUGACUGAAACAAGUGAUGAACCAGGAGGUGAAACGCACUUUAACGAUAUCUACACUAAGGUCUACAUCACAGAGGGAAGGAGUAACGAGGUUAAUACUCAACAUGAGGUGUGGCAGCUUGAGACAGCUUCCAAGAUGAAGACCCUCCAUGAAACUCCAAUCGAGUGCCACGACAUCUUUAAAGCCUUACCCAACCAAAGCAAAUACAUCAUCAGAGUCGUUCUGACUAACGGUGUCGCUGGCGUUGGAAAAACCUUCUCAGUGCAGAAGUUCACUCUGGACUGGGCAGUGGGCUCCGAAAAUCAACAUAUCAGUCUGUUGGUUCUGCUUCCGUUCAGGGAGCUGAACUUGAUCAAAGAUGAGCAGUACAAUCUGAUCAUGCUGAUCCAGGAAUGCCAUCCAACAUUACAGCUCACAGCAAAGAAGCUCGCUGUCUGUAAAGUUCUUUUCAUCCUUGACGGCCUGGAUGAAAGCAGACUUCCACUGGAUUUCAACACCAGGGGGGUCGUGACUGAUGUCACACAGAAGACAUCAGUCAGCGUGCUGUUGACGAACCUCAUCAAGGGGAAUCUGCUUCCCUUGGCUCUCAUCUGGAUAACCUCCCGACCUGCAGCAGCCAAUCAGAUCCCUCCCUCAUGUGUGGACAGGGUAACAGAAGUUCGAGGCUUCACUGACUCCCAGAAGGACGAGUACUUCAGGAAGAGAUUCAGUGAUGAAGAGCAGUCCAACAGAAUCAUCUCACACAUCAAGACAUCCAGGAGCCUCCACAUCAUGUGUCACAUCCCAGUAUUCUGCUGGAUCACUGCUACAGGUCUGGAGGACAUGUUGACUUCAGACGAGGGCGGAGAGCUGCCCAAGACCCUGACUGACAUGUACUCACACUUCCUGCUGGUUCAGACAAUGAGGAGGAAGAAGAACAAGCAUGACGAGGAAUAUGAGACGAGUUCAGAGGAGCUGACGGAGGCUGACAGGAAACUUCUUCUGAAGCUGGGGAUGCUGGCGUUUGAACAACUACAGGAAGGAAACAUCCUGUUCUACAAAGAAGACCUGCAGCAGUGUGGUCUUGAUGUCACAGAGGCUGCAGUGUUAUCAGGAUUUUGUACACAGAUCUUCAAAACAGAGAAACGCCAGAAGAAAACAGUCUACUGCUUUGUUCAUCUGAGCAUUCAGGAGUUUCUGGCUGCAGUCUACAUGUACCACUGUUACACCAGCAGGAAUACAGAGGUAGUAAAGGACUUCCUGGGAGAAGACUACAGUGACUCACCGCUGGAUGACUUCCUGAUGGGAGCCACAGAGAAAUCUCUCCAAAGUAAAAAUGGCCACCUGGACCUGUUUGUCCGCUUCAUUCAUGGCCUCUCUCUGGAGUCCAACCAGAGUCUCUUAGGAGGCCUGCUGGGUCAGACAGACAACAGUCCAGAAACCAUCCAGAGAGCCAUCAACAACCUGAAGGAGAUGAACAGUCGGUUUAUCUCUCCUGACAGAAGCAUCAACAUCUUCCACUGUCUGAUGGAGAUGAACGACCUCUCAGUACAUCAGGAGAUCCAAGAGUUCCUGACGUCAGGCAACAGAUCAGAGAAGGAACUCUCUCUGAUCCACUGCUCAGCUCUGGCCUACAUGCUGCAGAUGUCAGAGGAGGUUCUGGAUGAGUUGGACCUGGAGAAGUACAACACAUCGCGGGAGGGACGAUGGAGACUGAUCCCAGCUGUGAGGAACUGUAGAAAGGCUCGACUUCCUCGCUGUUAUCUCACAAAGACUCAUUGUGGAGUUGUGGCCUCAGCUCUGAAGACCAACCCCUCCCAUCUGACAGAACUGGACCUGAGCUACAACUUCCUGAAUGAUUCAGCAGUGAAGCUUCUAUUGGAGGACUCCAGUUCGUCAGAGACCAGCUGUGCUCCUCUGGCCUCAGCUCUGAAGUCCAACCCCUCCCAUCUGAGAGAUCUGAAUCUGAGGAACAGCAAGCUGCAGGAUUCAGACGUGGAGCUGCUGUGUGGUCUUCUGAAGAGUCCAGACUGUAGACUGAAGAAUCUGAUAUUGUUCGGCUGCAAUUUGUCAGAGACCAGCUGUGCUUCUCUGGUCUCAGCUCUGAAGUCCAACCCCUCCCAUCUGAGAUAUCUGGAUCUGAGCUACAGCAAGCUGCAGGAUUCAGACGUGGAGCUGCUGUGUGAUCUUCUGAAGAGUCUAGACUGUAGCCUGGAGGAUCUGCUGGUCACACAUCCUCAGGACAGGAAAUUGGUAGUCAGGAACCUGGUGACCACCGGACCCCUUAAUGUAGUCAAUGAGAGCAUCGCUCAGGACAAACAAUUACAGGCUCUGAAGUCCAGCCCCGCCCAUCUGAGAGGUCUGGAUCUGAGUAGAAACAAGCUGCAGGAUUCAGACGUGAAGCUGCUGUCUGAUCUUCUGAAGAGUCCAGACUGUAGACUGGAGGCUCUGCAAUUGAGGGGCUGCAGUUUGUCAAAGAUCAGCUGUGCUUCUCUGGCUGCAGCUCUGAAGUCCAACCCCUCCCAUCUGAGAGAUCUGGAUCUGAGUGAAAACAACCUGAAGGAUUCAGACGUGAAGCUGCUGUCUGAUCUUAAGAGGAGUCCACGCUGCAGACUGGAGUUUCUGAGCUGGUGAUGAUCUCUGUCAGAGUGAGAGUGAACAUCCAGGAGUGUUGAGAGAGGAUCAGCUGGAUCCUGAUGAUCCAUCUGGGGUCUGGAUCUGGAUUUUAUCAUCUUCACUAAAGUCUCUUAACUGACUACAAACUGAACAGUUAUCUCUGGAUUUAGCUGAAGACAGCACUUUACAGAUUUGUUCUACAUGAGCUGUUUGAUGUAGAUAAAGAUAAAAACAGGUGUUAUAAGUCAGACUCUGAGCCUGGGCUCAUAUUUAUCAAGCGUCUCAGAAUCACACUGAGAGUUAACGAGGACUAAAACUAAUGAAUGAAGCAGAAGAGAAUUGACUGUGACUUUCAGCAGGAGAAGGAUUACUGCUGGGAGAGAGUGAGACGUCGCUGUUUUACCACAGUCAGAGCAGCAAAGUAGAAAUAAUGAUCACGUGUUGUAGUUUUCUCACAGUCUCAGCUGUAAAUAUUAAACAGUGAAUUUAGUGUUUAGUGAAAUAUGGACGAUGGAUCAAACCAUUUAAUAUGUAAGAAUGUUUGUUGCUUCACAUUUAUGACUUGUUCUGUUUCAUUUAUUUCAAUAAAGAUUAAACAUGA